CGUACUCAGCUGAGUUGAUUUUAUUGCAAUAGUUUAAAAUGUCUGCUUUGUAUUUUAUUGCUGUGUUAGCCGUCAACUUAUUUCUGUCGUUUGGCCUUAAAGUGGAUAUGACCAGAGAACACUUUUACCAUGGGAAAAGUUUAUUUUGUGCACAACUCCAGUGUACAGAAAACAUAACAGAAGACACUCAGAUGUCAGCUCUUGUCAACAUGUCAGUCUAUAGGAUCAGUGAAUCUGAAGGGAAGAUUUUGUUGGCGUCUGUUUCAGGAUCUGAUUCAAAGGUUCGCGAUUAUAAAAUAUCUGGGAAAUUAUCUGAGGGCAAACUAUCCAAACAUCGCGGAGAACUUGUCUUGUCUUUCUCCAAUACUUCAGCCUGUAAUUUACACCAGUAUAAAUGUCAAGUAUAUUUUACCAAUGAGGCAGGAGACACUGGAAUGCUAGAGAAAAGAACAACGUCUUAUGAAAGAGAGAAAAUCAAGAAAUCUGUUUUGUUGCUGAAUUUGAAAGCUGAAACUUUGAACUACGUGAAAACUGUGGACACAAUGGCCGACUUUCUGAAAUCUUUUAAAGAUCCAGAAAAACUAAAAGGUGCAGACAUGUCAAUGUCCUUACAGAUGUCACAUUCUGGUAGAGAUGGGAACAGUGCCGACACUGCUGAGAUUAUAUCAUCUUUAGAGUUAAACAACAGUAACAAACACAUCAGCUCUACUAAUGCUAUAGAUGUGAUUUGUGCUAGGAUAGAUAACAUCACAGAACACAUGCAAACAGUGAAUGACAAACUUAGAGAAAUAGACGUGGUUGAUGCUAAGAUAAAUAACAUCACAGAACAAAUGCAAACAGUGAAUGACAAACUUAGAUCAAUAGACGUAAAACUCAACGAGUCCAUCACAAGGAACAACCAAACAAACCGUAUGAUAGUAGCUUUAAACACAAUUGUACAAGAAAGUAAAAACAACUACAACAUGAAUCUUUUUUUGUCACGGACGACACUUCAGUGUAUAAAGAACGACAAAACUGAUGUACCAGAACGAACGACCGUCAGACUUGGUCUAGACAAAUUGGCUUUGUGCGACACAAAAACUGACGGUGGAGGUUGGAUCAUAUUUCAGAGACGUGUUUUGGGUGACGUGAAUUUUACCAGAGAUUGGAACGACUAUAAACACGGAUUUGGUUCAAUGAUUGGAGAUUUCUGGCUUGGGAAUGAUUGGAUCUCUAACCUGACUUUGAUGGGGUACAAUGAACUGAGAAUCGACAUGACUCGAAAAGGUAUAAAGUACUACGCCCAUUACGAUCAUUUCAAGGUAGACAACGAAGCAGCAUCGUAUACGUUAUACAUGUCGUCAUUCAGUGGAAACGUUAAAGACUAUCUAAAAUAUCAUCAUGGUAUGAAGUUUUCUACCAUCGACAGGGACAAUUGUAUACACAGCGGAGCAGAUUGUGCUGGAAAGCAUAAAAGUGGUUGGUGGUAUCAUAGCUAUAUAUCUGUAUCUUUAAAUGGAGUCUGGGGUACAACAGACUCUAAUACAGGAAUAUACUGGUAUGAGCUAUCAAGUGAUGGACAUAUCGCAGACUCAGUUGAGAUGAAAGUACGUCGAGUGUAAACAAACUGUCUGAAGAUGUUUUAAAUAAAGCUAUAGUUUUAAGUUGGUGUAGCUGAAGUUUCGAUGUAACCUAUUUAUCACGUCAAUUUGAAUUUGUAUACACACUCAUUAUCACUCGACUGCAUUAAAAUUUGUUUCAUAAUACAUUGCUUUACCACGUACUCAUAUUUCUAAUAUUUGAAACUUUUUUUUUAAUUUGGAGUUUUUGUGUGUUCAUUGUUAUAACUACUCAAAACAGCAUCUAAAUUACUGACGAAUACAGUUGCGAAAAUAUACAUUUGUCCAU